GUUGUUCGCGCAAUAUACCAUUCGGAUAGAAGCCUACUUGUAAAAAUCUCUCGGUGUUGCGCAAGCUUGCAUCAUAGUGAUCGAGACUAACCUGUGCGACUCUCCUAUCGACACGCGACAAGCCAAAACCGUUCAGUGAAUCAGUGGAUCGCCGACGGAACGUGAACGUUAAUAUUUGUGAUAAACUGGCAAUAAGAGCCGAGAAAAUUCCCACGUUCAGUGAAGUGUGCAAAAGAGGUACGACCGGGAGCAGCUCGAAGAACAAACAGGAACAAAUACUUACGGAGAUGACGCGUUGCCAGAGCCUUCAUCAGUCUUACGCUUCUGCCACGAUGACCGACAGUGGAUCGAUGUCGUGGCCCGAACAGAAGGAACCCAGGUGUCCCAGAGGUACGAUAACCUGUGGCAUGCUGCCGACGUUGCGUGCUCUGGAAUCCAAGGAAUGCGACAACAGCCAAGGUACCGUCUGCCUCGUGCCAUUCGAUACCGAAAUGGACUCCGCCAGUCAUCUGCAGAUGAUCCUACUGGAGGCAUACUGUCGCGAGACCGGGAUCAAGGUGUUCAGGGUGUCCAGAGAGAGGAUACGGGACCAUCUGUGUCCAGGAAGCGGGGAUCUGUCCUGCGUGCUCAUAUCCAACGACGAUCCAUACUUUCUCGAUCCGCCAGAGUGAAUUACGAUCGCUUCGGCUUCUUCAGGAACGAAUAGAUUAUCGACUGGGUGCAGUCGAGCGAUUAUUUCGAUGAGGCUCUGACUCUACGAAACGAAGGACCGUUGAACGAUCAAUGGAAGAGGGGAGGAAGUUUCCGAUCGAUUUUCUGGUCACAAGUUCGCAAAUUAAUGGAUCGUUCAGAGAGCGCACGCGAUAACGAACGAUGAUUAGCUCUCUCGAGAUAACGGAGAAACGCUUUCCGUGUGGUGUUCGGUCGCGACCAAUAUAUCUUACCUCGAUAAUCGUUUGAGGUUAUAGAUGGAGAACCUUUUGGUAUCGAAGAAUUGCUUCGCUUCGAGGAUUCCACGUACUUACACUCGAUUGUCUUUUUAGUAACCGAUAAAUGGAACGAAUUUCUAAUGUACGUUCCGUCCGUGAACUAAACAAUUCCCCGUCUAUGGACCCCGUCCAUAGAACAAUGCAUACGUAAAUCGAUAAGAGCGAUUAACUUAUCAACUGUCUGCGUUGAAAGUAACGAGUUUUUAAAUUUGUAUUAACAUUAUGCCGACCACACACUUUUUGAAACCUUUACGCGAUAACGUGAAUGGAUUUAAACUUCUGUAACUCCUGCGAUAUGGAGAUUAAUAGCGUGGCAAUUUUAACUAAUUGUGCUAUAUUCCUUUGAUUGUAAACACGCUUAUGACGUGGCGCAGGGUUGGAUCGGCCCAAUCGGUUGGCAAUGUGUUUAGAUAAACACCGUUUAAGGAUGUAUAAUUUAUAAACUAAAACACACCAUUGAGAAACUACGCGAAAAGGUCGCGUACAGUCAUCGGGUUCGUCACUUUUUUUUAAGGAAACAGGCGACACGAACGAAAUGCUUUCAAAGAGAAACCCAACCGUAUCGUCGUUACAAGUACCUAUGCGCGUGUGUGUAAUGUACAGGUACGAAACGUAUGGGAAACAAUUACAAUGCAGUCAUUGAACUUUGAAAGGCGCGGAGAACCAAUUGUUUUGUAAUCGUUGAAUGUAAAAGAAAUAUUUGAUAUUGUUGUAUCUCGAUGAUUAUUUUAUAAAAAUAUAUAUACACGUGUUAAAA